AUGUCGCCUGCGUUUCGAAGCCUCGUUUCCCUCGCCUUCACGUUCCACGUCGCCUCGUGCGCCUCCGACCUAUUCACGGCAACGGAAGACAUGCAGAAGUCCGUGGGCACCGAACACGUCGCUCUCGAACACGGCCACUUCUACAUCCUGAUGCAAGAGCGUAAGCUAGCCGCUGCCAUAAGCCGUUACGAAACAUUAAGGAAGGCCAAGUCGCUGCAAACUGGUCGGGGCGCCUUGGGAACGUUCCUCUUCCUGAGCGAGCUCACCAAUUUCAAUUCGUACGCGACCCUGAGUGCCGCGCAUCCGUCUCCAAGUAGCCUUCCCACCGCUUUCCUUUCGCCUUCCUUCAGGGAGUGGUGGCCGACGGACAGUGAUGUCGCAGGAGCCGCUAUUGGAAUCUGCAAGUUGCAGCACCUGUACGAUAUCCCCGCGACUAAGAUGGCAGCCAUGAAGUCCCGCCUGCUGCCAGCCGCUUCACCCGAAGACUUCGCUUGCGUGGCCAGGGGCUGUUCGAUUGAAGCAGAGUACGGAAACACCUCCGCCUGGGUUCGAGCAGCGCUUUCAGAGACGUCGUCGUCCCCAACAAGAGGCUCUUUGCGGAGCCUUCAAUUAGGCCUCGGUUGGUUACGGGCAAACGACGAGCGCUGGCCUCGGUUGCAACGAUGGGCAAAGCCUAUUUAUACAAAGGCAGGCAGAAGCUACCCUUCUUCGCCGAAGUCGGAUAUCAACGAGUACAAGAAUGUCUGUGUCCAACAAGGAUUCAUGAGGCCGUCUGGAAGCAGACUUGUGUGCAAGAUGUCCACGAACUUUGGAGACCCACGCUUGAUUCUUCAGCCGCUCAAGUUAGAGGUGCUGUCGCUCAAGCCACGAGUGGUGGUCAUCAGCAACUUCCUCUCCCCAUCGGAAGUGCACUUCAUCCGAUCAGCGGCGCAGAAGGGAUUCCAGCGUGCAGGAAUUUAUUCCCCAACUGCCGUCGAGGGAAUGACAAGCUGGAAACGGAUCGGCAAGGUGUCCUGGCUCUGGGACUCCGAGCACAACUUUCUGCAGCGCCUCUCUCGGCGCAUUGAAGUCACUACUGGUGUGUCGCUGGAAUCUGCCGAGGCGUAUCAGGUGGCAAACUACGGCAUCGGCGGACACUACACGCCCCACAUGGACGCCCACAGGUUCGACAAGGUGGCCGACCACGUGGACAGUAAGGACGGCAACCGACUGGCCACCAUGCUCAUGUACCUCACAGACGUCGCCGCAGGGGGCGCAACCGCGUUCGUUAAGCUGGGCGUCGCGGUGAAGCCGCGCGUCGGCGACGCCCUCUUCUGGUACGACGUGGAACCGUAUGAUGGGAGCGAGUUUCCCACUCAGCUUUCUUUCUGGCACCAGAAAAGGAGGGCGGACGAGCUCACGACGCACGUCGGCUGUCCCGUUCUGUCGGGCUCCAAGUGGAUCGUGACCAAGUGGAUGCACGAGCGAAACAACCUCGUCGUGCACUACAGCACGCCCGGCUGACGCCACGGUUACGUGCACCUAA